AAAAGCUACUAGAACGGAGGAGCACGGGUCGAACGAUACCUGCGGCGAAGCAGCACAAGGACGCCGCGACCUGCCUGGUUCGGCGAAUAGAUCAUGGAGCUCGGCUUCCUCCUCGUAACACCAGUCAGGCAUCGCGGAAGCAGCGGCGGCGAUGGUGGCAAGGAAGUGCGGUGAGCUGGCCUGGGACGGCGGACCGCUCGGGAGAAGGGGACCCGGACACUGUUUGAUGGGCUUCGAGUUGGCACCAGAUCGAGCAGGCCGAGAGGAGAAUAGGCCUCCUCUGGGCUUUCAGUUUCCACACGUAGCGCCCACGUAACCUACCGUUCUAGAGAGAAGAAAACUCGCCGCUCGCUGGCGCCGUUCUGCUGCCGCCAAUUCGAUUCGCCACGGCUGCUUCCCCUUCAACCCGGCACCAAGCUGAGCGCCUCCAGCCUUGGGUUUCUCCGGUCCGCCCACCGCCCCUUCGCCGCCAUGGCGGUGGAGGCGCAGCAGCCGGGCAUCGUGCUCACAGACCUUGAGCAGCGGAUCUUCGACCGCCUUCUCGGCGCCGUCGACCGCUACUGCCCCGGCACCCAGCUCCGCGUCGCAGGCGGAUGGGUCAGAGACAAGCUAUUGGGGGAAGCCUCUGACGACAUCGACAUCGCGCUUGAUAACAACAUGACGGGCCAAGAUUUCUGCCGCCAAGUCAACAAGUACCUGGAGUGGAUAGGCGAGGAGCAGAAAACAGUUUGUGUUAGCCAACGCAAUCCUGACAAAUCUAAGCACUUGGAGACCGCGAAGAUGAAAAUCUGUGAAGUCUCGAUUGAUUUUGUCAACUUGCAGUCUGAAACAUAUGCUGAAAACAGUCGUAUUCCCAUGCUGGAGAAUUGUGAAGCCAAAGUAGAUGCACUCCGCAGGGACCUGACAAUCAAUAGCUUAUUCUAUAAUAUCACAACUAAAUCACUGGAAGAUUUAACUGAAAGAGGUCAUCAAGAUCUGAAAAAUGGCCUCAUCGCUACCCCUUCACCUGCGAAAGCUACAUUCCUGGAUGAUCCCCUCCGGGUUCUUCGAGCGAUCCGAUUUGCUGCUAGAUUCAACUUUACAUUAGCUGAAGAUUUGAAAAAAGCCGCUUCUGAUGAAGAGGUGAAAUCGGGUCUUCGUAGCAAGAUUAGCAGAGAACGUAUUGGUCAUGAGGUUGACCGUAUGAUGUUAGGCAAAGAUCCGGUUAAUGCAAUGUGCUAUAUCCGUGAUUUGGGAUUAUUUUAUGUAGUUUUUGAAUUUCCUGAGAAACUGGAUCCUCCAAUUCUUGACAAGCAUGAUUGGCUAUGUGUUUCACAUAUUGAAGCGGCAUGGAAGCUUGCACAGUUGAUUGGCUGCUCUGUGUUCAGAGGUGGUUCUGAUUCCACGUCGCAGGAUGAACAGAGAAGGCUUUGCCUGUAUAGUGCACUAUUUUAUCCAGUUCGAAAUACGGUGUACAUGGUAAAAAAAUCAAAAAAGGUUUCUAUUGUUAGCUAUAUUAUUGGGAAUUCUCUAAAGUUUGAAGCUGAUGCCAAGACGAUUCUUAACAUGCAUACUGCAAGUGAAAAGUUUGCGGAGUUAAUUCUUGUCCUCGGGUCAAACGGAAAUGUGGAAACUUUCAGAGAGAAGCUGAGUGAUGAAUAUCUUGAGAUACCAACAGACAUGGUAAAUCGUGUUUUGGCAGGACUUGUAUUAUAUGAAAUAAAGGAGCUUUGGCGUGUGUCACUGUUGAUAUCCACUCUGUCGUAUCCACAAGUUGGUUCCUUCAGCCAGGCUGAGCUACAUAAAAGUAAAGAGAAAUAUGUGAGAGUUGAGCGCUUGAUAACUGACCUUGGUCUUGAAGGUGUAUGGAACAAGUUGAAAAAACCGCUGCUAGAUGGAGAUGACAUUCAGAGGGUUUUGCAGAUUCCAGAAGGUCGCUUGGUUGGAAAUUGGAUACACAGGGAACUGAAGUGGCAGCUCGCGCAUCCCCAGGGCACCAAGGAGGAGUGUGAGCAGUGGAUGAAGCAGUAUCUGCUUCCCAAACGCCAGAAAGUAAAAAAGUAG